UUCGCAGUAGAAAAGGAAGAAGAAGAACACGGCUCGGUCUUGUUGUUGUCGGGUGUCGCGCUCAGCACUCGUGCUGCGAAAAUGCGCAUCGAAAAAUGUUAUUUCUGCUCGGGGCCGGUGUACCCGGGACACGGAGUGACGUUUGUACGCAACGACUGUAAGUCAUUCAAAUUCUGCAGAUCAAAAUGCCACAAGAACUUCAAGAAGAAGCGGAACCCAAGAAAAACCAGAUGGACCAAGGCAUUCAGAAAGGCGACAGGAAAGGAGCUGACAGUGGAUAACUCUUUGGAAUUCGAGAAACGCAGAAAUAUACCUGUGAAAUAUAACCGGCAGCUGUGGGACAAGACAGUGGAAGCAAUGAAGAGGGUGGAGGAAAUAAAACACAAACGACAGUCAAGAUUUAUCAUGAACAGAUUAAAGAAGGGCAAACAGUUGGAGAAGGAAGAGGCCAUCAGCGAGGUGAAGAAAAACAUUCACCUCAUCAAAGCUCCACAUGCAGGAAAGCCCAAAAAAAUGGAAGAGAAAAUGGUGCAGAAGUUGCAAGAAGAUGUCGACAUGGGGGAUGAGGAUAAUUAACCUUAUGCCCAAGGUUUUCCUUUUGUGUCAUGAAACUUGGGAGCAAGUUGACCUUGUAUUAUAUUGUACUUUUGUCAUUUCCAAAUGGAAGAUGAUGGACACAGUAAAUCGUAGAAAGACUGAAAAAUGUCUGCCUCUACAGCGGCAGCAACUAACCGCGUGUCUUAGUUAUUCUCUCUGCUUGGCAGUUGGGGCUGUUAAGAAUUUACUCAAUCCUGUUGCAUAAUAUAAUGUUUUACAGAAAUGCAGAUGUUAAAAGGCUACAAACAAAAAAUAAAAGAAUACUUUUUUGGA